AUGAAUGAUUCUAUAUGUUUAAACUUUGAUGUUUUGAGGGAUCGUUUACCUGAUGAAUUGGGCCAAAUCGGAAAACUUGAGCUUAAAACUAUUAAAAAUUACAAAAAGUACUGCCCUAAGGAAGACUGCAAUAGUGAACUCGAUCAAAUUACGAUUGGAUUUUUAUGGUUACUUGAACAAUGUUAUUCUGGAUUCGUAAAUAAAACUCAUAAUGAAAAUAAUACAAAUUCAUUUUUUCUGUAUAUGAUUUCAUGGUUUAGUUACAAAUUAAAGCAAAAGUCAGGGCACAGUUCCACCAAAAUAAACGAUUUAUAUAUUAAACAUAUAAAAAAUAAUGAUAAAUAUAAUAGUUUUACAGAUCCUGCCUAUAAAAUUGGAGAUCUUAAGGAAUUCAUGGAUAAACGAAAUGAUUUUCUGAACAUUGAUAUUGAAGAUAUGUCUAAAUUUUAUGAUAUAUUUAAAUUAUUAUGUAGUAUGUAUGGUAAUGUUGAAAAGAAUCAAAAAGGCGAAACAUUGUCAAAUAAUGCUAUUGAUUUUGUUAAAAAAUAUCAAGAACUUAAUAAAGUUUAUGGUAUUAUUGAAGAAAGUCCCUAUAAUAAAAUAUUGUCUACUUUAUCAAAUGAUUAUAAUAAUUUAAAAAAUAACUGUAAAAAUUGUUCACCCCUUCCAGAGAUAACAGAAAACAUUUCUGCAUACAUAUCUGGAAAUACAUCAUCAAGUUCGUCGAUAGGAAGCAAGUUCUUUACAGUUUUAUCGAUAUUUGGUGCAAUAGCAUUUUUUUUGGGAAUUUCUUAUAAGUAUUCAUUAUUUGGAUUUCGGAAACAAGCUCAAAAACAAUAUUUAAGAGAAAAAAUAAAAAAUAUAAAGAAGAAAAUGAAUCAUUAA